GGUUGGUUUAACAUUUCAAUUACGGCCCUGGAAUCGCACUCGUCUCAAAGCCCUGCGGACGACAUGGGAGUAUCAGAAGAAGUCACGCCUGUUGCCGGUGCGGAACCCAGAGGACCUCCGGCACAUGAUCAUAGCGAUGGUAGCGAUCUGGAACCGGACGAUUUCGCUCCGAAACGGAAACAGCGCCGAUAUCGAACCACUUUCACUAGUUUUCAAUUGGAAGAAUUGGAGAAAGCGUUCUCGAGGACGCAUUAUCCUGACGUAUUUACUAGGGAAGAGUUAGCAAUGAAGAUUGGAUUAACUGAAGCUCGAAUACAGGUCUGGUUCCAAAAUCGACGAGCCAAAUGGCGCAAACAAGAAAAAGUCGGACCGCAAGGCCACCCGUACAACCCCUACCUUAGUCCGGGCUCCAGCGCUUCAGUUCCUCCAGUAGUACCCCCAUCUCUUCCCAACCCAUUCAAUCUACCAUUCGGCUUGCGAAAACCCUUUGACACGCUUCCGUUCCGCUAUCCGCCUCACAUGCUUCCAGGCUACUUCCCGUCACCUCCGACGUACCACCGGAGCGGUCCUCCAAUGUUACCUCCGACGGUAGGAUUGUAUCCUUCCGCCACAUCGUUCCAGACGCUUUUAGCCAACAUUUCGGCAGCGCAAAGACCGAAACAGGAAUUCGCUCCGUCGCCUCCACCUUUGUCUCCGGGAAGUUCUACGGGUGCAGCUCCACCUGUUCCAGCUCCGGAUGUAGAUAGGAGAAGUUCUAGUAUUGCCUCGUUACGAUUGAAAGCUAGGGAGCACGAGUUGAGACUGGAAAUGUUAAGACAAAGUGGGGAUUUGAUAAGUUAGUGUUUUGUUUCAACGAAGUUUUAAGUAUGGAUUCUUAUUGCUCCAGAAUGUUUAAUGUUCUCGUCUCGGCAAUUAUGUAGAUUGCCAAUUAUUGAGUCUUUUGAAGUAGGUAACCUAUAAUAUAGAUAGGACAAUUUUAGCCCAAUAUAUUUUGAAUUAUCAAAAUUGUAUCUUUAUUCAUUAGCUAGAAACUCAACUCAACCUAUUGAUUGCCCAAUAAUUGAACUAUUGCAACGAUUGAAAUGUUUGUAACUUAAGUUUUUAAUUACUUAUUUAUUGUUUUAAUAUAAAAAUUGAAUUUUUCGUGUUAUAAGUAGGUAUACUCUGUCUAACCAAAGUUGAACGUUGAAGAUCACUUGCUCAUCCUUGUAACCAUAGGAUUCACACGUUCGGACCUAUUUUGGUUUGAUAAACACAGUGCGCGUGCAAUAAAGACAGCAGCAAAAAGCAAGGUCUGUGAUAUAUUCGAGUAAGUGACCUUCAACGUUCAACUUUGGUUAGAAUUUAGUUGAUUAAAGUAUGUAAAAAGUAUUAUUUUUUUGUAAGGAAUAUAACGCGUUGUAAAUAGUUUUUUUUAUUAUAAAUAUAUAGCUAAUAAUAGUAAUUAGGAUAUCACUAGAAAUUUUAGUAGGUAUAUAAUAGCUAUACAGUGUGUUGGAAGAUUAUGUACGAUGUAUAGUAGGGAUUUAGGGUAAAAGAUCAGCAAUUUGCGAUGCACUGUAUAUAUAAAUUAUUGUUAUAGUGAAAUUAUUGCAAUAUAGCUGUGAGAUUGAAAUAAAUCCGUCCAAAUUUAUACACACAUAAUUAUCAUGUUGAAUAAAG